ACGGUCUCUGAUCGCGUAAUCCGACCCGAUCCGACUCGGGCACUACGCAAUUCCAUCUUCCUUUUUUUUCUUUUUCUCUGAAAUUCCUACCGAUUUUUUCUUCUUUCGAUUUCACCGCCUCUCUCUCUCUCUCUCUCUCUCUCUCUCUCUGGAAAAAGGAGAGAAACAUGGCUCUCGCUAACGCCUCUCCUCUCCCCGCAAGAUCCCUUCUACAGACCCAACAGUUCAUGCCAUCCUCCAGAGCUCAGCGAGCUUCAAACGCUUAUUUACCAAUUUUCAGACCAAGCAACCCCACCUCGGCUAUCCACUCUGCUGAUCCAGCGAAAAACGCCGAGAAGUCGGGGAAAUCCACGGCCGCCGCUGACCCCAUUCGGUCGAGAUGGACGCUAGAUAGCUGGAAGUUCAAGAAGGCUCUCCAGCUACCCGAAUACCCGGAUCCGAACGAGCUCGAAUCCGUCCUUCGAACCAUCGCGUCGUUUCCGCCGAUCGUGUUCGCCGGGGAGGCCCGGAAUCUCGAGGAACGCUUGGGUCAGGCUGCUCUUGGCAAUGCUUUUCUUCUUCAGGGCGGGGAUUGUGCCGAGAGUUUCCAGGAAUUCAACGCCAAUAACAUUAGGGACACCUUAAGGGUUCUUCUGCAGAUGAGCGUCGUCCUAAUGUUUGGUGGUCAAAUGCCUGUUAUCAAGGUGGGGAGAAUGGCGGGUCAGUUUGCCAAGCCAAGAUCAGAUCCGUUUGAGGAAAAGGAUGGAGUGAAACUUCCAAGUUUCAGAGGGGACAAUGUAAAUGGUGAUGCAUUUGAUGAGAAAGCAAGGAUUCCCGACCCCAACAGGAUGAUCAGGGCCUACUGCCAAUCCGUUGCAACUUUGAAUCUUCUUAGGGCAUUUGCCACUGGAGGGUAUGCUGCCAUGCAGAGAGUAACCCAGUGGAAUUUAGAUUUCACUGAGCAUAGUGAGCAAGGGGAUAGGUACCGUGAGCUGGCUCACCGAGUUGAUGAGGCCAUAGGAUUCAUGGCUGCUGCAGGACUCACAGUAGGCCACCCUAUCAUGACUACAACAGAGUUUUGGACAUCCCAUGAAUGCUUGCUCCUACCUUAUGAACAGGCCCUUACCAGGGAGGAUUCAACUUCUGGACUUUACUAUGACUGCUCUGCUCACAUGCUUUGGGUUGGGGAACGCACCCGUCAGCUUGAUGGUGCCCAUGUGGAGUAUCUGCGAGGAGUUUCAAAUCCCCUCGGCAUAAAGGCAAGUGAUAAGAUGGAUCCAAAUGAGCUGGUUAGACUUAUUGACAUUCUAAAUCCUCAGAAUAAGCUAGGAAGAAUUACUGUGAUUGUGAGAAUGGGAGCUGAGAAUAUGAGAGUGAAGCUUCCGCAUCUGAUCAGGGCUGUCCGCAGAGCAGGGCAAAUUGUCACUUGGGUCAGUGACCCCAUGCACGGUAACACAACCAAAGCUCCUUGUGGACUCAAAACCCGGUCCUUUGAUGCAAUCCGGGCUGAGGUGAGGGCAUUCUUUGAUGUGCACGAUCAAGAAGGAAGCUACCCAGGAGGAGUUCAUCUGGAGAUGACAGGGCAGAAUGUUACAGAGUGUGUUGGAGGUUCCCGCACCAUUACUUACAACGAUCUGAGCUCGCGCUACCACACCCAUUGUGACCCAAGGCUUAAUGCUUCUCAGUCUCUGGAGCUUGCUUUCAUUAUUGCAGAACGACUGCGGAAGAGAAGGCUUGGAUCCCAACACUAUUUGGCCCCAAUGUGAAUCUACGAAAUGCUUUAGUUUGCUUUAGGAAAUGCUUUGGUUUGUGGAAUGGAACAAAAAAAAAAUAAAUAAAUAAAAAGAACUUGUGGGCAACUGAAAAAAUCAAGCGAAAAUUCGAUUUCAAUCUGUCUAAUUCCAUUCCUAUAUGCCAAAUAUGUAGUUAUUUUCUUUCUAGUUUCUCUCUUUGCUUGUAAAUAGAAAACGGGGUGGAAAGUGAGGCAGGCAUGAUGUAUCAUGGAAAAAAUUAAUAAAUCUGAGGUUGUCAAAA